ACCGGUGCUCAGUAUCUGAAUGAUGUGCAGUCGGGCGCCGUAUCGCCACAAUAUCCCCAUAAGUUUACCGAUGAGGUCAAGAAUUAUCGCUCACAACUUGGUUUAGGCAAAGAGAAACUCGACUCUAAGGGAUUUCGGAUACUUAGCGGACAAGUGUUUGAUUACACAAAAUUCACCAAAGAAGACAUCAUUGAAUUGUUAGUCAAAUCCAUACUUUUCGAUGACAACCACAUUGUGGCCAUCAAUAAGCCGUACGGCAUGUCUGUCCACACGAAAGAGUCGCCGUAUAGUCCAGUUUUGACCGAAUUCUUACCACAAUUAACCGAAAAAGUCAAUUGUCAUAAGCUAUAUACUGUCCACCGGUUAGACAGAGACACCACUGGAGUGCUAUUGUUGGCCAAAACACAGGAAAUGGCCAAACGUUUGAAUCAAAUGUUUUGC